AUCUUCGGACCACCUUAAUUUGCACCUCUGCUCCUUUGAAGAGAACUCACAUGGCCUCUUGACGAAAUCGUCUAACGUCCUGAAGUCACAAAUUUGUUUGAAUUUCUCAGAUUAAGGGUAACAGUAUGUUUUAAGAACUGUAAAAGAUGGAAGACUGGAAAGGGAAGUUAGAGAGUGUCAUCAAGAAGUGGGAUAAAGGCCCACCAUCUCAUUUGCUAGAAGAAAGACCAAGUCCACUACAGAAAGUUCCCAAUAAUGUUCUCACUGUUCGACCUAAGAGAAGGACACAAAACAGCUUUCGAAAGGCAAGAAAUGAACGAGCUAAGGAAAGAGAGUAUUGGCUAUCUUUGGAACAAAAUUCUGCUAAAAAGAAAUUCAAGUUGAUUGCUCCUAUUUUGAAAGUGCCAUGUGAACCAUAUCAAAUGUAUCAAUGUCACCAAUGUCAGAAAAUUUAUCAAGGACAGCCGAACCUAAAGAGCUUGUCUACUCCAUCCAGCUUGAUAAAUAUUUUGGAUGUUACUAUACACAAACACAGGAAUUAUUUUCUUGGGCUAUUGGCACCCGAUGUGAAUUUCAUAUUUUCAAGAAAAAUGCAUUCCUAUCCUUGUCAAACUGUAAAAAAGGAGAACAUUGAUUGGCUUUCUAAUACCAUUUCACAGAAGUCAGUUAAUAUGGAUUUGCGCGAAGUAGAUGUGGACAGUCCUCAGCAGAUCUUGUCAAGCAGGGAUGCAACUUCAAUUUGCAAAAAUAUGGCGUACAGUAUUUCAAGCACUGUUUUAAGGUUGGUAUCAUGGAGACUUUUGAAGUUUUUCAGAGACAUCUUUUCAUGCAUAUGUUGUCAAAGCAAAGAUAUUCGUGUUCUUCAAGAGACUGAAAAAGGAAACACUGCCAUUAUUUACCUGCCAUUGCACAAAUCCUUUUUGGAUUACGUCGUAAUAUGCUUCACUUUGUAUUGUAACAAUUUAAAGGUACCAUUUACAGCAAUCCCUGAUAAUCUAUGCAGAGGUCGCAUUUCUAGAUAUAUAUUGCGCAAGCUGGGUGCUGUAUUUGUUUGCGAAAAUGGCAAAAGGAUUUCCGACGAGGCAAAUCACAUAAUGUUGCAAAAGAAUGUUGAAGAACUUCUAAUAAAGAACCAAUCCAUUCAAAUUGCAGUUGGCAGUACAGAUGACUUUACUAGCAGUGUUGCCUCGACUUUGUUGUCCGUUGUAACACACGCGGUAGCUGAAGGUGCUGUUGAUGACGUAAUCAUUGUUCCAGUCAACGUUUGCUAUGAAAGGCAAGUAAAGUCAAUAGCAACAUGGAAUAUCUUCAAAUCCUUAUGGUUUGGAUUUAGAAGCCGACUGAAUGGAAUGGUCCAUGUUUGUUUUGGCGUACCAUUUUCGUUGCAGGAUUUUUGUACGAGAGAAGCCAGAUUCCCAUCGAGAAACAGCGAUUUACCCAAAGAGAGUAUGCCCGAUUAUAAUGGCUUGUAUACAGCCACGUCAACAAAAGAAGUGACUGAUUCUCUAACUCAGCAUGUUGUUGCCGAUUGCAACCGUGUUGUCUUAUUCUGCUGCACAAGCCUUGUCAGUUUUCUUCUCAUCACCAAGCAUAAAUCUGGUGCUUCAAUCGAAGCUUUGGAAAAUUCUUUCGAAGUGCUGAGAAAUGAGAUUAUUGAUUGGAAAAGAUAUCUUGCAUUUGAUGGACUGACAUCAGAUGUUGUCAGUUAUUCCUUGCGCAUGCUUCAAAACCAAGGCCUUAUUGAAAUGAAUACUGCAGCCGAAGGAUCAAACACUCUAACUACGAUCAAAGCUAUUGAUUGCCCAGAAAGGCGUCAAUGCCUGAUUGACUAUUCACGUGAGGUGAUGAUGCUGUACAUCUUAAAGGCCAUAAUGGCUUCUUCUAUUAUUGGUGUCUGUGGUGGAGUAGAUUUUAUCCGAACUGAUCAACGUUUGCCAGAGAGUGUUUCAAGAAUUGAGGUUCUUUCACUGGCAGAAUGUCUCUGUCAGCUUGCCACGAAGGAGUACGCGUUCAUUGCGCCAUGUUGUGACAUUCCAUCUAUGCUAUCCGACGCGCUGGAUUCUCUCAUUGCGUCGGGACUGUUAGUGAUCGUCAAGGAUACCACAGCGAUUGACACGAGAAACCAUUUUGAUUUUGAGGAGGAAUAUGAUGACGGCGUCUACAAUGGCUGGUACGAAACGAAGACCGAUGUUUCCUAUGAGGUCAACCUUCUAGACGACAGAAAGGAUGAUAUUCUUUUUCUGCAAUCAUUAGUUGCCCCAUUUUUAGAAGCAGCUUGGUUUGUGGUAGUUCUUUGCCUGAUAUAUUGAAAAAAGACAGAUCUUGUAUUGAUGCUGCCAAUGAGCUGUAUGAUAGAUUUUGUUUGAGAAUCAAGCAAAACCUUACUGUCCAUGGUGAAAAUGUCUCAUUCAAAGGACUAAUCCAUGUCAUUGAAGCCUUGCUUGAUAUGAAAGUCUUAGUUAGGCAAGGUGAAGAUACCAGAACUGCCAAAUUGACAAUUUCACCUGAUUAUCUGAAUACUGGUCGGUUUACAGAACUUGUUUACAAACUCGAUAAUUGCAGUGCUCAAAGAUUCUUCCAAGUUUCUCAAGUUUUCAAUAACAAAGGUACAGAAUCCAUCUUUAGCAGACGUACCAACAUCGUGGUUGUGCCAAGAAAGAAAGGCGAGCACAGAAGCAUGAUCCGAAACAAAAGUUUCUCAUGUUGAGAGUGUUGCCUAAAGAAAAGAGGUCAUAGCGGAGAGAAUCAAACGAUAAUAAGAAUGUUGAGACGGUAGCAUUGUUUAAAGCCUAGCGCACACCAGCGAUUUUUGUCGCCAGCGACGGCGAUUCUUGUUGUUCGCGACUGAAUUUCUUUGCCCGCACUUUUUUGCGCUGGUCCGUUAUUUUGGUCUUGAUUUCAUACCGAGCAUUGAUUGAACAGAACGGAAAACCCACAGUAGCAUUUUGCCACACGGGAAAGACAGGCAAAGUGAGACAAAUGAGACUGGGAGUGCUGCAGACCCUUUAAUCAGGCAGGAUUUGUCGCAUUUCAGGCCCAAUUUGGUCAGCUUUUCUCAAUAAACCAAGAACAUGCGGGUAAAGUCCAUACAAACCCCCUCUGAAUGUUUAGCACCCGCGACACGCGUGUUCUCUGGUAGUAGAAGCAUAGGAAAUUGUAAAGCGAAACAUAUGCAAGGAUUGGCAGACUUUAUUAUAAUUCGAAGAAGGAAACGAAUAAGAAGAAAUAUGAUCUUUUUUUCACUUUCUUUUUGAGCUGGUAAACGUACACUACUAGCUAUACUAAAGCUAAUUAAAACCAACUAAAUAUAUUAACAAUUACCGAAUUUAAGAACGCAACAAGAUUAUAGCCUACUUGUCCUAUAAAUGGUUUACAAAUGCGGCAUGAGCAAAAUAUCACUGACAUAGUUUUGAUACUUGCUUAAAAGGUUUUUAUAUUUGAGCUUGAGGUGAUUUCUGUGGGAAUUGAGUUCCAUGCUUCUUGACAUCUAAAGGUUACAGUGUCUAAUCCGUAUUCUAUAGUGUUUGGUUUUGUAUGCUAUGUGGGAUUAGUUUUGGAUUGAUCGAAGAAAAUUGCUGCGACCUCCCUCUUGGCAAAUUGAACAACUGUUUCUAUGUGUCUUGAAAACAAUUUAUGACCGACAAAUCAAGCAGAAUUUGUUUUCUUGCCCCGAAAGCUUGCUAUUUUCUGCUUUUAGUCGCUGGCGGCGAACAAAAUUAUGUCUUUACAGUCUUUAAGACUGCAAUCAAGUUCUUCAGAUUGGGGGAAUGGGUCUUGAACAAGAACACUUAGUAAAUUGCUUGUUGCAAUAUUGAGCUAUCAUC